UAGUUCGCCGCCGCAAUUCGUUUUGUAGGCCAGAAAGUUGUGAUGCAAUUGUUUGUUGUUUUAAACGGGGAAAGUGAAAGUCUAUUGGCUCUCAAUUGACAAGCAUAUAAACGUGGUUUGUUAUCAAAACAAUUUCACACAUUUGUGUGUGUGGUCAAGUAAAAAUCGAGCGAUAACAAAGCCGCUUAAACGCGGUUCCAAAAGGUCAACGGCAACAGAGAGAACAAGAAAGCAAAACAACACGCGAUCUAAAAGGACGGUUGACGAUUGAAGAGGAGAAGGAGGAGGAGACAGCCAAUGUGCACGCGACUUUAAAGUUGCGCGCGUAACUGGGCCAGCCCAGUCUAACCUCAAAGGCACGCACAGUCAAUCCCAAAGUAUUCCACAGUAUGCAGCGUCUAGUGCCGUCCGGAUGGUGUCUGCCCUUUCGGGUCUCUACCACGACAAAAGUUGUGCUCUUUUCACUGACUGCUGGAGUGGCGCUGAUGGGCGUCCUCUCCCGGUUUUUGCGGCGCCGUAAGCCGCCGCGUCCGACACGACGGCCCAGAAAAUAUACAGGACGACGCACCCGGAAUAGUAUGCGCAGUCCCAAUGAUCUGACGUCGAUAGCCGGAUCCAAGGCAUCCGCGCGAUCGGGCAGUCCCGUGGGCUCCACGCUCGCCUACUCGGAUCGCCUGUCCAUGGCCUCCGGAUCCAUCGGUGUUGGCACACAGAACCAGACAAUGGCUGGCGGUGUUGGUGUUAUCCAGCUGACGGCCCAACAGUUGGGUGUGAUGGGCAUGGAGGCGCUGGACACGGUUAUUAACUUUUGGGAGGAUGCACUGGCAGCACAUUACUCGCCUGGCGGCGUCCCAGCGUCGCUGACAACAGCCGAGGACUCCGAGUUCUGUCGCGAGAUACAGAACUUGCUGGAAAUGUCCUAUACGCUGCAGGAGCAGAGCGAACUGCUAUUCCUUGAUCAGCGAUCCGUGCUCUUCCGCGAGGAACAUUCCAUUGAUGAGGCCGAGGAGGAUGGAUUUGUUGCUGCCGGCGAUGAUGAUGAUGAUCGACAUUCGAGGAAAUCGGGCAGCGUGUUGAGUCGCGCCGGCUCCGAUCCCAAUUUCGAUUCAGCGGAAUCCUUCGCCUCGGCUCUGGACCAAGUGGCCGAUCUACGUGAGUUUGAUGGCUUCAUUGAGACGGCGUACGAGGAGUAUCCGCUAUUCCAAACAGCACUCAAGCACCACGAUGAGUACACAGUGCCAUGUCGCACGAUACGUGCCGAAUUGAUGCACUGCAGCAGUGAUACCGAAUAUCUGGCAAAGCUGCACUGCGUCCGGCUCGCCUUUCAAUUUCUAUUCAAAGAUCCGGCCGUGGGCCAAUGGAUCUGCGAUGCAGGCAGGCAGAUACUUACCGACCUGCUGUGCCUCAGCGACAAGGACACCAAGGAGUUCCUGGUGGGCUACGAGGAUAUGGUUAACUUUCUGCACGAGCCCAGCAAUUGGCCGUGCAUUCAAAUGGAGCUGGAACAGCGCAAUGUCAAAGCCAUGACAUUCUACGAUAUUUGCCUGGACUUCAUCAUACUUGACUCCUUCCGGGAUUUGGAUGCGCCACCAGCCAGUGUCACAGCUGUUGUCCAGAAUCGUUGGCUCUCCAAUGGCUUCAAAGAGACGGCGUUGACGACGGCCGUGUGGUCGGUGCUAAAGGCCAAAAAGCGGAUGCUUAAGUUCCCCAAUGGAUUUAUGGCACACUUUUAUGUUAUAUCGGAGCAGAUAUCGCCGCUGAUGGCAUGGGGCUUCUUUGGUCCCAAUGAGAAUCUGCGCGACAUCUGCCACUAUUUUCGGGAGCAGCUGUUGUCUUUUUUGGCUGACAUCUAUAGCUUCCAGAAGAGUCGUUUCACCACCAUCGAGGACUUCUCGGAGGAUGUGCUGAAGCACAUGCAGACGCGGGUCAACAAUAUUGGAGUCAAGUUUAGCCAGUAGACAACAAAUGGGAUAAUCCUGAUAGAGAUGUAGACAAUAGAUAAAGCCGGAUAAAUUGGGAUCAUAUUGUUUUUUGAGUUAAGGAUACGCUGGGCCAACGCUUUGUUUUCUAUUUGAUUGGCAGCUCCAUAACCAAAUCACUUAACGCCACAUACGUUGACUAAUUUUAAUGCCACACACAAUACAUACACAUGCAUACAUUUACACACUGACAUUUAUGAUUAAGAAUCGCAUUAAAGUCGCCAAAACAUUUGUAAAA